AUGAAAAUUUGCCACAUGACGCCAGGACGUUUGUUGGCUUUGCCGUUUCUCCUUCAACUGCAGAUUGGGCUGGCGCAGGGUUCUGGUUUUACGGUUGCAUACACCGAUCAUGCCAGCAGGCUUCGAGCAGACCUCCUUCGCGAUUAUGACAGCGUAGUCCCACCUCGUAGCGAACGAGAAGUGGACUACAGCAAAGCUGGGACCGAUGUGGCUUUGGAGAUUCGCAUCUUCAAGGUUCAGGGGGUGGAUGCAUCAUUGGGGCAGAUGCGCCUCAAAGUUUGGGUCCGGAUGUCCUGGACAGAUUCCAGGCUUAGCUGGGAUCCGGCUGCGUAUGGCAACAUCACCACAACACACUUUCGCACACAGCAUGCCUCAAACGCGGAAAACACGGAAAUAUGGCUGCCAGACGUGCAGCUUUACAAUGCCAAUGUUGGUAACGAGUUCUCCUUGGACUCUGCUUUGGCAUCGGUGACUUCGGACGGCUUUGUGUUUUGGAGUCGCCCCGGUCUUCUGGACACACUCUGCAAAUUCUCCGGUUUGGUCGCCUUUCCCUUCGACGAGCUUUCCUGCGCGAUGGAGUGGGGAGGUUGGACGUAUUCGGGUGGCUUCCAAGGCAUCCGGUUGAGUGGCAAGGGUUAUUCUGCAUCAACGGCGGAAGAAACUGCGGGGUCUUCGUACCAAGAGUAUAGUAUCGUGGAGAUUGAUGUGGACGCAAAGACCAAUUUCUACGAAGCAUACCCAAAUGAACCUUGGACAGUCCUGAAGUUCACCGUGAGAUUGGGGCGGGCCUCCUUCUAUUACUCCCUGCUGAUCGUUUUCCCCACGGUGCUCAUCACCUACCUCUCCUUCGGUGUGUUUUUCAUGUCCCACGAGGUGGGGGAGCGCUUGUCCUUCGGCAUCACACUGCUUCUUGUGAUCGAGGUCAUGAAGACGACGGGAGCUUCUUUCGUCCCUGUUUGUGGCGAGCUGCUCUGGAUCGACCUUUUCAUGCUGGUGAAUACCGUCUUUUGUUGCGCGAGCCUCGUGGAGACCAUGGCGGUGCUCUUCUUUGCGUUCCAUGUCGAUCAGCACAUCCUCCCCAAUUGGCUUGCAUGGGCUGCACCAUGGUGCCUCUGCCGGCAGCAGCAGAGUUUCCUGGUGGAGUCUAACGCCGGUCGGAUCUUCCGGCAGCUGAACCGGGACAGGUCGGCAAGGUUGCAGGCGAAGUCGACCAGGAAUCUGCAGAAGGGGCGGCGCAUCGAAGAGCUCUCCGAGGCGAAGCUAACUGAGACGGACACGGAACGGCUCAUCUUCUUCGAGAAUCUCUUCUACCUCUUGGACUCCGACUCCAAUGGUUUGAUUACCGCUGAGGAUGCCGCCACCAUGUUGAGCUUCGUAAACCUGAGCCUGUCGCGGGGCGUCCUCGAGGACAUCCUGCAAUCGGCCUGGCAGGAGAAGAAACUUUUUGACUGCCGCGACUUCCUGGAGAUUUGCGUCGAGCUGAUGUGGACGACACCUUUCAAGGAGAUCAAACUCGGAGCUGAGAACUACAUCAGCUCACAAACCCGGCACACGAAGCGCUGCCACACCUACUGGCUGAAGUGGUCCAGGAUUUAG